UCUCGGGACAGGGAGUGCAAGCUGGGUUCUCAGCUGGUCGUCAGAGGCUCAGCAGCGAGCGGAGGGCAGCAGCAGCCCUCACUGUUUUCCUGUGUUUCAGAGAGGUUUGAUCACCACUGCCCCUGGGUGGGCAACUGCGUGGGGAAGCGCAACUACCGCUACUUCUACGCCUUCAUCCUCUCCCUCUCCUUCCUGACAGCCUUCAUCUUCGCGUGCGUCGUCACCCACCUCACCCUGCGCUCUCAGAGAGAUGGAUUCCUCACCACUCUGAAGACAACACCUGCAAGUGUGCUGGAGCUGGUGAUUUGUUUUUUCUCAGUCUGGUCUAUUUUGGGCCUCUCAGGUUUUCACACUUACUUAGUUGCCUCGAACCUGACCACGAAUGAAGACAUCAAAGGGUCCUGGUCAAAUAAGAGAGGCUCAGAGUUUGCCAAUCCUUACAGCCAUAAAAGCAUCCUCACAAACUGCUGCGCGGUGCUGUGCGGACCAUUCCAUCCCAGUUUGAUAGACAGAAGAGGGUUCAUCCAGCCGGAUGUGGGGACGCCAGCCAGUCCAAAGAGCGAAAUCCCGUCCUUUGGAGCCAAACCUGACACCAGCAUGGUAGGAGGUGGUGCUGGGGUGUAGCCCAGUGCCCGCCAUGCCUGCACCUAUCUCCAGCAGUACCUUCCCUUCUCACCAUCUCCCUGGCCUCAGGCAGGACAGCUUUGUGAUGCAGAUCUGCCAAAGACUCGGUCGAGCCAUACGUUGCCUUUUUUUAUUAUUAUUAUUAUUUAUUUAUUAUUUUUGUUUCUUCCUUUCACUGUGAUGUGACCUGCCUGGACUUCUGACUGAUGCAGCACCCCGGGGCUGCCUGGUGCCAGGAAGCGGGGAUCCCUCCUGCACCUGGGAAGCAAAACGGGUCCGGGGAGAGCCCUGAGCCUGGAGCAUCACUCCGGGGAGUGGCUGCGUGCCCUGUGUGGGGCAGUGAGGAGCUGAGAAUGGGGCGUGGGCUGGCAGAGGGAUCCUGCUUGGAGCUAUGCUGCUGAGCCUUGUCUGCUAGGCUGGUGCAGGUGGAAGCUCCCUGGUGCCCCUGCUGUAUCCACGAACGCUUUUUGCUCCUCCGUGCCAAUGCAGAGGGGUUGUGUGUCUUAGCGGCCAGGUAUUCAGCUUGACCUGCUGCCAGAGUGGCUUUUCUUUUCCAGCAGCUGCUGUGCCUUGCUGAGUUGUGGUUGUGCAGCCAUGGGAGCUGGCUGGGUGUCCUGCCUGCUGCUGGUGCUGUAUUCUGUCUGCUCACCGGGGGAGUGCUGGGGAGAUCUUUGCAUGCUGCCUCUGGCAUUAAGACAAAGCUUUGCAGCAAGGGCACAAGUUAGGAGAACCCUCAUAGUGAGGAAGAAGAAACGCAUACACCAUCCUGCAACUCUCCUUGUGAGAGGCUCCAGCUGUGAGAUUUGAGAUCCUUAAUUUGCCAGGGAAGCCUGCCUGCAUCCAACCUGUAAGAGAAUGGAAGGCUGCAGGAAAGUGGUGACUUCCCAAGGGCUGUGCCUGUCCCAGGUGGUUACACAGAGAGAGCAGCAAGUGGGUUCUGGAUCUCUGACAGCCUCACAUCAUGCUCUCGCUUUGGGUUUUGGCCAGCAGAGAACUCAGGGUGAUCCCCUGUGUGCCUUGGUGCAUCGUUCCCAGCCAUGGAGAUGUGGGUGAGCCGGGUUGGACUCCCAGCUCUGCAGGUUGCUGACAGGAGCAGUAGAGGGAGACUCACAGGCCUUGUUAGCAAUACUUGAAUCGUGUUACUAAAAGCUGCUGGAUAAUUUUGCACAAUUUGUAGAUUUAUUUUCUAUGUAAUGUUUUUAUAUUUGAUGUAGAUAGCGUUGUGCAUGUUAGGACCAGGGCGGAGCCUUGCAGGGCUUUGUGUCAAGCUGCCUGGUUGGGUUUCCUGGGAGUUUCAGGCAGGGGUUUCAGCCUGGGGCAGGGGGCAGCCUGUCCUGCUGUUAGCCAGAGCUGUGCUGUAUGCAGCAGGUGACUGAGUCAGCCCACAUGGAGGGCUGCCAGCUUGCCAUGGCCACCAGCUUGCCUUCCCCUCUGCAAAAAGCCCGGCUCGCCCCAGGGGCCCAGGUGAGAGCGUGGCAGCUGCUCCAUUUCUGCUGCAUCCCAGCAGAUGGCCCUCACUGAGCGCAAUGGGAGCAGUGUGGCUCCGUGCCAUCCCAUGGGCUGUGUGCUUCAGCCUGGAAGCCUAAAAGCCACCUUGGCAUCCAGAGAGGCUGCUGUGCCCCUACGUCCCCACUGCUGCACAGCUGUCCCAGGGGUUUGUCCCUGCCAGCAAGGGCUGAGGAGGAGGACCUGGGGCCAGGAGAGUGGUGUGCAGGGCAUCAGCAGGGCCCAGGUUCCUUCCUGUUCUUUUUGAAACCGGUUUCCUUGAUUACUCGUUGUAAUAAAAUUAUAUUUUUAAAGAGUUAA